AUGGCCUCGGCUGCAAGCAGCAGCCCGCAGCUCCUCCUCCUCUUCCUCCUCAUUUCCACUUGCUUUCUCCCACCACACUGCUUAUCCCUAGAUGCUAAGGAAGCUGACAACAACACUGUUGAAAAAAUAGACUCGUCGGAACUCUCCUUCAGCUUCGACUUCUCCAAUGCAUCCAGCUACGACGCCGGCGACCUCCGCUUCGAGGGCAACGCCUCGGUGCACGGCAAUCUGAUCAACCUCGCCUGCGACUCGUUCGGGCAGAGCGUCGACGGCUGCACGGGCCGGAUGUCGUACAACCACCCGGUGCCGUUCCACCACGACGACGACGGCACAGCCGCCCUGGCGAGCUUCAGCACAAGCUUCACCUUCGUGAUCAAGCCCGACGGCGAGGCCGCGCCCGGAGACGGCAUAGCGUUCUUCCUCUCCGGCUACCCAUCCAGCAUGCCGCCCAACACCGACGGGGGAAGCCUCGGCCUCAUGGACAACGACGCCGCGGCCUAUGGGUCCGGCCAGUUCGUCGCCAUCGAGUUCGACACGUACCAAAACGACGACUGGGGGGAUCCCAGCGACAACCACAUAGGUGUCGACAUCAACACUGUCCGCUCGUCCAACACAACAGAUUUGAACACCGCAUCAGGAUCGCCAAGCCUUAAAGUAAAUGCCACCAUGACAGCGACGAUCCAAUUUAACGGCACCACCGGGAUGCUGGUUGCCUCCCUUCGGUUUCAUGACCAUCCCUCUAUGGAACCCGCUGUGGUCACUUAUGUCUUGCAAGAUCCAAAGUCGUGGCUUCCGCGGGAAGUGGCAGUGGGGUUUUCAGCAGGCUCCGGCACUUCCACUGAGCUCCAUCAGAUACUCGCAUGGUCCUUCAAGUCCACCCUUGCUGCUCCGCGCUCACCUAAAGGACGACAAAAGGAUAAUUAUGCCAAACGCAAGAGCAAAGUUCUGGCCACUGCCGUGGUUGCUCCUAUACUUGCAUUGUUUAUCUGCAGCAUUAUUUCAUUCAAAUUCAUCAAAAAGCACAGAAAAGGUACAAGUUCACAAGAUAAGGAAGAAGAUGAAGCACUAGUUUGGGUGGCAGGACGGAAUUCUGAGUUCACGGUUUAUGACUUUUUGCAAGUCUUGGAGGCUACAAAUAACUUCUCAGAAGAAAAUAAACUUGGGCAAGGAGGAUUUGGUCUAGUAUAUAAGGGCCGAUUUCAUGAUGGAUUGGAGAUAGCCGUUAAGAGACUAGCUUCACAUUCAGGGCAAGGGUUCAGAGAGUUCAAAAAUGAAAUCGAGCUCAUAGCCAAGCUCCAACACACAAAUCUGGUGAGGCUCUUGGGAUGUUGCUCUCAGGGUGACGAGAGGUUACUAAUCUACGAGUAUAUGCCAAAUAAGAGCUUGGACUUCUACAUUUUUGAUGAAAUACAAAGAGUUUUACUAGAUUGGAAUAAACGUUUGGCCAUAAUAGAAGGGAUAGCGCAAGGAAUUCUGUACCUGCAUAAGCACUCUCGAUUACGUGUCAUUCAUAGAGACCUUAAAGCAAGCAACAUACUCUUACACCAUGAAAUGAACCCUAAAAUUUCAGAUUUCGGGCUCGCAAAAAUAUUUGGCUUAAAUGAUACUGAAGGAAACACAAAAAGGAUAGUUGGGACAUAUGGUUAUAUGGCUCCUGAAUAUGCUUCUGAGGGCCUCUUCUCAAUCAAAUCCGAUGUAUAUAGCUUUGGCGUAUUGACUCUUGAAAUCGUCAGCGGAAAAAGGACUUCAAGUGUCCAUCAAUAUGGAGAGUUCAUCAACCUUCUUGGACAUGCAUGGCAGUUGUGGAAAGAUGGAUUAUGGCUUCGGUUGGUAGACACUUCAUUAGGUGCUGAGUGCCAUACAUCACACAUGAUGAGAUGUAUUAAUAUUGCGUUGUUAUGUGUGCAAGAGAAUGCGGUCGAUAGACCCACCAUGUCAGAAGUGGUAGCGAUGCUAUCUAGUGAUAGUAUGGCCCUGCUUGAACCUAAGCACCCAGCAUAUUUCCAUGUAAGAGUGAGAAUUGAAGAAUUGUCCUCUAUAGUUGAGUCAUCUGGUGUUAAUGAUGUUACAAUAUCCGCCCUACAUGGAAGGUAG